CUUGUAUCGGACCGUUGUAACAUGUAUCCGGGGCGCCCUGUGCCUCAAACCGAGCCUCCCCUCCCCGCUUCUCUGCUCCCCUCUCUGGGGGAGUUUCUCUGUAAUUACUCGCAGAUUUAUCCGCUCUCAUUGGUUAACAACACCGGGCUCCGUGUGAACCGGGGAGAGGGGAGGUGGGGAGGCGGGGGCUGUGGUCAAACCCACCCCGACCGAGACAAGCAGUGGGAGGCAGAGAGAGAGAGAGAGAGAGAGAGAGGAGGGAGAGAGAGAGGGAGGACAGCCGCAGAGAACAGCAGCAGCAGCAGCAGCUCGGAGCUCCGCGUUCAGCCUGCAUGGGCAGCUAGUUAGCUCUUAGCAUCGACCAACGGCUACAAACACCGACCAACCGCCGGGUCUCUGCUCCCCUCCCCGGCUCGCCCUGUCGUCCUCCCCGCCCUGUCGUCCUCCCCGCCCGGCGUCAGGAUGAUGAAGUUUCGGUUCCGUCGGCAGGGCACGGACCCGCAGAGGGAGAAGAUAAAACAGGAGCUGUUCGCCUUCAACAAGACUGUGGAGCAUGGCUUCCCUCACCAGCCCAGUGCUUUGGCCUAUGACCCCAAGCUGCAGCUCAUGGCCAUCGGGACGAAGUCAGGAGCUAUCAAAGUUUAUGGGGCUCCCGGAGUGGAGUUCACAGGGUUACACCAGGACACAACCGCCGUCACACAAAUCCACUUCCUGCCCGGUCAGGGUCGCCUGCUGUCACUGCUGGAUGACAACACCAUCCAUCUGUGGGACCUGGUCACCAGGGCGCCCAGAGAGGUGGGAGGGGUUAAGAAAGAGGGCGGGCUCACUCUGCAGGAAGUGGGCUGCUACUGCCUUCCAGGGAGACCCGGCAUCGAGAGCUGCAGCGCCACUCGGGUGACCGUCCUCCUCUUGCUGAGGUCAUGUGAUCUACUCUGCAUCGGGACAGAAGGAGGGGGCGUGUACUUCCUGGAGCUGCCCCGCCUCUCGCUGAGGGAGGGUCAGACGCUGCCUCAGGACCGGAUCACGCAGAGCCUGCCGGAUGAUUACAGAUGUGGGAAAUCCUUGGGGCCGGUGGAGUCGCUUCAGGAACAUCCACAGCAGGCGGGGAAGAUCCUGAUUGGCUACAGCCGCGGCCUGGUGGUGCUCUGGGAUUUAAACACCCGGCAUGCAGAGCAGCUCUUUCUGGGCAAACAGCAGCUGGAGAGUCUGGUGUGGGAGCGCUCUGGAAACUUGUUCGUGAGCUCACAUAACGACGGAGGAUACUCGGUGUGGACGGUCACUGACGGCAACACCAACAACCACCAACCGGUGUCCUCGACCAUCCCGUACGGUCCGUUUCCCUGUAAGGCCAUCAACAAGAUCCUGUGGAGGACGACUCAGGCGGGAUCUCCGGUGUUGUUGUACAGCGGGGGGAUGCCCAGAGCGAGUUACGGUGAUCGUCACUGUCUCACUAUCCAGCAGGACAAAGAGCACGUCACUCUGGACUUCACGUCCCGGGUCAUCGACUUCUUCACAGUCCACAGCACCGAGCCGGAGAGCGAGUUUGACGAGCCGUCUGCGUUGGUCGUGCUUCUGGAAGAGGAGCUGGUUGUGAUCGACCUGCAGACCCCCGGGUGGCCCUCUCUGCCCACUCCCUACCUGGCCCCUCUGCACUCCUCGGCCAUCACCUGCUCCUUCCACGUCUCCAGCGUCCCGCCCAAGCUGUGGGAGAGGCUGGUGAACGCCGGGAGAGCGCAGCAGGGUCGGCAGCAUGCACACGGGAGUUGGCCCAUAUGUGGAGGGAAGAGCCUGGCACCUUCCAUCAAACAGCAGGAGCUGCUCCUGACAGGACACGAGGACGGCACCGUGCGUUUCUGGGAUGCAUCAGGCGUCGCUCUCACCCCGCUCUACAAACUCAGCACGGCCAACGUCUUCCACACCGACUGCGACCCGUGCGACGAGCCACACGACCCCGGCGACGACCCCGACAUGCAGCAGGAGGAGGAGUGGCCCCCCUUCAGGAAGGUGGGCUGCUUCGACCCGUACAGUGACGACCCUCGGUUAGGCAUCCAGAAGAUCAGUCUGUGCAAAUACAGCAACAAGCUGCUGGUGGCUGGAACUGCUGGACAGGUGAUCGUUCUGGGUCUGAGUGACGAGCGGUCCGAUCACACGGUGGACGUGUCGGUUGUCGACCUGCUGCAGGACCGGGAGGGUUUCACCUGGAAGGGCCACGACAGGCUGGAGCCGCGUCUGAAACCCGCCCCCUUCCCUCCGGGCUUCCAGCCUCUGGUCCUUGUGCAGUGUAUGCCGCCGGCCUCCGUCACCGCUGUGGCUCUGCACGCCGAGUGGAACCUGAUCUCCUUCGGGACGAGUCAUGGAUUCGGACUGUUCGACUACCACAGACGAAAUGCUGUGCUGGCAAGGUGUACUCUGCAUCCGAACGACUCCUUGGCGAUGGAGGGUCCGCUGUCCAGAGUCAAGUCCCUGAAAAAGUCUCUACGGCAGAGUUUCAGACGAAUCCGCAAGAGCCGAGUGUCGGGGAAGAAACGCACCAUCACCACGCCAACCAGCAAGGUCCAGGAGGCGAACGCUGCUCUGGCGGAGCAGGAGGACGUGGCUCCGGUGCAGAGGAGGAUCGAACCUCGAUCAGCAGAUGACUCUCUGUCCGGAGUCGUGCGUUGUCUCUGCUUCGCUGACACGUUCCUGCGUGACGGUACUAACCACGGCCCCACGCUGUGGGCGGGGACUAACUCAGGCAGCGUUUACGCCUAUGCUCUGGAGGUGCCUGGAGUCGGCUUGGGGCGCGUCAGUGAGCGCGGUGGAGCGGGCGAGGGCAGCGUGUGUGUGGAGGCGGUGCUGGGGAAGGAGAUCCAGCUGAUGCACAGAGCGCCCGUGGUGUCCAUCUCCGUGCUGGACGGGCGAGGGAAACCGUUACCUGAUCCCUACGAAGCCUCCCAGGACCUCGCCAUCGCGCCGGAUAUGACCAAUGCUCACUCUGUCCUCAUCGCCUCCGAGGAACAGCUGAAGGUGUUCUCCCUCCCUAAGGUGAGCGCUAAGACAAAGUUCAAACUGACGGCUCAUGAAGGCUGCCGGGUGAGGAAGGUGGCCCUGGUGGUCUUCAGCUCAACCGCUCAGGAGGACUACAGUGAGCACACGCUGGUCUGCCUCACCAACUUAGGAGACAUGCACCUCUUCAACAUACCUGCCCUCCGACCUCAGGUGCGCUACGACUGCAUCCGUAAAGAAGACAUCAGCGGCAUCGCCACGUGUGUGUUCACUAAGAACGGGCAAGGGUUCUACCUGAUCUCUCCCUCUGAGUACGAGAGGUUCUCCCUCUCUGCUAAAGUCCUCACCGAGCCGGUCUGCUCCGUGCAGCUGAGCCGGCAGCUGGAGCACACGCCUGCCAGUGACGGAACAACAACGCAGCCACAGGCCAACGGGACACACAAGAACCAGCUGGGUCAGGCUGAGGGACAAACAGAGGAUCCUCAGAGCGCCCUGUCCUCCCCCAUCCUGGACACCCCGCUGGACUCGCCCCUCAGCUGUGCCGACCUCACGCUCGACACCACGGGAGAGAUCACCGUGGAGGACGUCAGGGAGUUCUUAACCACCGUGGAUGAGGCAGAGAACAACCUGAAGAACAUCAAAGAUGAGGAGGGACGCUCGACCGGCAUCCUGAUCAACUGAACAGUCUUACAGGGAGGGGCUCAGGUGGUCUGGAUGGACUGGAUUUCAGUGCUGGACCACAAUCAUCUCCCAUCAGCCCCCUGAGGAGCCCCCCCGGCCUGCACUCUGCACUCUCCUGUUCGCCUGGCUCACCCCAGGAGGAAAGCCUUAAAAUGAAGAAGAAGAAGAAGAAUGAAAGCAUCACAGACUCUGGACUCAUCAGUCUUCUUUCUUCUGUGACCACUUUGGAAACACGACGCCGCCUCACACUCACACAGACGGACGACAGCCUGGUGCCUGGACGACCUCCUGAUGAUUCACGACCUGAAACUGGGACCAGUCUGCGAUCAUUCCUCCAGACCACAAACAGACGCUCGUGUUUUUAUUUUUCUACCCCACAGCUCAGAGUCCUGCUGGGACCGGUCUGAGGUUUCCCCCGCGGCUCAGACUCAAAGUGUCGUCGCUGAUUUGACACGAACACUCUGAGGACGUGUGUGGAUUGUUCUCACAGAGCACACGGACGGACAGAGAGACGACUGUAGAGGACGAGGAAGUGAGACGAGCGGAGGAAGUAUUUUAAAUAUUUGACGAUUGGAAGCCGUAGCAUUCGUUCAAACGUCACCACACACACACACACACACACACACACACACACACACACACACACACACACACACACACACACAUGAAGGAUUUGUAUCACAGAUAAAACCAAGUAACAGAAUAAUGAAGGUGAUUUUUACUGCAAAGAUUGAUGCUUUAUUAAAUGUAUUUUGUACGGAGUUUAAAGAAAGUAAAGAUGUGAGAGAAGGGAUGAGAGGGAAACAGACGGAGAGGGAGGAAGAGGAGGAGGAGGAGUGAAGCAGAGGGAAUAUUUUUGAGCCUCUUUUUGCUAAACGCAUGUCCUGCAGAUCCACUCUUCAUUCUUUAUCUGCUCAUCAGGCUUCAUCAUUCAGGUACGGAGGAGGAGGAGGAGGACGAGGACGAGGAGGAGGGCGGUGAUGUCACAUGAAGCCUAAAGGUACGACACCUGCAGUGACAUCCCUCCUUCAGAUCCGAUCCUCACGUUUAACGGACGAGAAUAAUCAAAUGAAUCUUUUAAAGAUAAAGUGAAGGAGGAGAGAGAGGAGUGUGUAAAGGUCUGCAGGUCUCCCUCCUCCCUCCUCCCUCCUCCCUCCUCUGUUUUUCAUCUCAUGCAGAAUCCUCUUCGUGACGGGACUCAGGGAAGUGAUGUGAGAGAAGUGAAGUCAGUGAAUGAAGUGUAACGUACUGUGUACUGAGACGCACCCACGACAGCGGUUCUCUUUCUUUUGGUAUCUGUGAAAAGGUGCAUUCUGGGAAAAUUUGUGCUACAUGCAGAGCUUUGGUCACCAGUGUUUUUAACCUUUUAUAAAAAAAGAAGUUUCCUGUGUAAUAAAAUAUAUACAGCGUCUUUAAUUAGUUUACAGAAGACAGGUUUAUGACUGCAGACCGAUGUAAGCGUUGGAGUGUUUAGGACCUGCUCAGUAUUCACGACGUUAAAAAGGGACCUCACCAUGAACUAAUGUAGCUCAACACGUAGGAAUAACGCUUUUUACUUUGGGUUAGCUUCUCGGUGCUCGGGUUAACUCCUAACCAUUUGAUGCUACAGCUAGCACAACUUACCUUUUUAAUUUCACUCUGAAGAGGAGUGUGUUUCUUUCUGUCGUUCAGUUUGUGUGUAGGAUUUAUAUUUGGUCAUUUAGCAUUUUGGCUGAAGAAGAAUUGUGAAUGUUAAUAAAAUGAUAUACUCUCUGA